CUCUUUACUACGCUAUGUUCGUGGUAUAAUAUUUUCAUGUCAGCACGAACCUUGUCAAAUACAUUGGAAAUGAUAUUUACCAUUGUAGCAUUGAAUUACUGGCCAAUACCUGGUGUUAUAAGCACAUCAGGGCGACAAUGGCUGAAAAACUAUAGAAUAGCUCUGAUACUUGCUAUUACCGCUUGCAUUAUGCGGCCAACCAACGGUUUGCUAUGGCUAUUUCUUGGUUUACAAUUGAUUAUUGUCUCUCCAAACAAAACAAAAGUGAUCACUAAUGCCAUUCUUGUGUGCUCCACCAUGCUCAUCUCAAACAUCAUUCUUGAUACAUGGCUCUACGGCGACAACGGCAAUAAUUUUGUUUUUACACCUUACCUUUUCUUUCAAACUAAUGUCAUCAAUAAUAUUUCGCUAUUUUACGGAGCCCACACCUGGCAUUGGUAUAUUUCACAAGGUAUACCUUUCAUCCUCAGCACAUUUUUACCCUUCUUUGCUUUGGGUCUUUACUAUGUUUACCACUCAAAGCAAAUAUAUGCACGUAUGAAAACAUUGCUACUCUUGUCAGCUUGGAUUCUUAUCAUCUAUAGCUUAUUACCUCAUAAAGAAUUUCGUUUCAUUUACUCGAUUAUCCCCAUCUUACUCAUCAUAUCUGCUUGCGGCUUGCAGCAAGUGUCGAUUAGAACAACUCCUAGGAUUCGUAGACUAUGUAUGGUUUUCAUUCUACUUACCCAAGUCCCUAUGGCACUCUACUUGUCAUUAUGGCAUCAACGCGGAGUUAUGGAUGUUAUGCUGUGGUUAAGAAAGCGACCGCAAGAAACCUUGUCAUUAGGUGUUCUCAUGCCAUGUCAUUCUACGCCAUGGUACUCCGUCAUUCAUAGAAACAUCGAUAUGUGGUUCCUUACUUGUGAGCCACCGUUGGAUCAAACAACUACAUAUCUAGAUGAAGCAGAUCAAUUUUAUGCGAAUCCCAUUAAUUUUAUCGAACAACACCAGAAAGACCGUGUCUGGCCGCCUACUUAUUUGAUCUUAUUUGAUGCUUUACUUACCAACAAUAGCGAGCUGGAAAUAUAUUUGAAGCAACAACAAGGGUAUAAAGAAUGCCAGCGAUUUUUCAAUAGUCAUUUUCACGAUGAUCCCAGAAGAAGAGGCGAUGUUAUUGUAUUCUGCCAUGAAUAA